GGCAGCGCAGCCUGGAGCGUGGAGCGGCCGCCGCUGCAGUCCCCACCCCGGAUACCACACUACUGGCCCCGGCUUAUAAAAAGCAAGCACGUCUAACAGGCCGUCCCCGGGCUGCCCUUUUUUCUUGUUGAUGGUCAGACUCUGCGAGAGAAGGAUGAAGUUCCUUGUAGCGGUUACAGUCAUUGUGGGAUCACUGAUUUUUCUCGCUUUCCCAAAUGGCUCAUCUGCUGACGAGAAGAAGAAAGGCCCCAAAGUGACUUCGAAGGUGUUCUUCGACAUGAAGAUUGGAGAUGAAGAUGUUGGAAGAAUCGUCAUUGGGGUCUUUGGCAAAACAGUUCCUAAGACAGCCAAUAACUUUUUGGCUCUGGCAACAGGAGAGAAAGGAUUUGGUUACAAGGGCAGCAAAUUCCACAGAGUCAUCAAGGACUUCAUGAUCCAGGGGGGAGACUUCACCAGAGGGGAUGGCACCGGAGGCAAGAGCAUCUAUGGAGACCGUUUCCCCGAUGAGAACUUCAAGCUGAAGCACUACGGCUCUGGCUGGCUCAGCAUGGCCAAUGCUGGCAAAGACACCAACGGCUCUCAGUUCUUCAUCACCACUAUUGCGACUCCAUGGCUGGACGGCAAACACGUCGUCUUCGGAAAAAUUCUGGAAGGGAUGGAAGUGGUGAGGACAAUCGAGUCCACAAAAACAGAUGGCCGUGAUAAGCCUCUUAAAGACGUCACCAUCCACGAUUGUGGAACAAUCGAGGUGGAGAAGCCAUUCGCAGUGGCCAAGGAGUAGAGCGCUGCUGGAGGGUGGAGAGCGGGGAUAACAGGACUGGGGUUUGAUUGUGUUGGGUGGGUAAGGGGUGGUGGGGGAGGGAUCAGGGAUCAUGCAGGCCACCUUGUUUUUAUCACUACCAGCCCAUUGGUCCUGGAGACGGGGCUUUGGGGUCAUUCAGUGUCUGUGGCUGCCUUCUUAAAGCACCAGAAGAGCAAAAUCAAGCAAUCAUGGCAACACUCGGGGUCCAUCUA